AUGCUGAGGGAAUCGGAUAUAGAUUCCCUAAACAAUCACCUUGCAUCUUUGUCCCGGGAAAAUCAACGCAACCAUGAGAACUUGCAAGCCUUGCUUACCCAGUUUAAGGAUCUUCUGGACGACUACAGCUCUCUGAAGAGUGAUUAUGAGGAAGUCAAGGAAGGUCGGGAGAAGUACAAGAGACAGGCUCGGGGUCAGGACCGUAACCCAUUCGUCCUAGUGCUUGUAGAUGGAGAUGGAUACCUUUUCAAAGAGCAUUUCCUCAAGGCGGGCAGCGAGGGUGGUAUCAAGGCCGCCCGCGAGCUGAGUGACUCCGUUAGGGAACUAAUGCAUUCGACAAUGGGAAUGCAAGCUGAAUCAUGUCGAAUCAUGGUUCGCGUCUAUGCCAAUAUGCUUGGACUGUCUAAGGUCCUCGCUCGCGCUGGAAUGGUUGGGCAUGAAGCUCGCUCUCUAUCACCCUUUACGUCAUCCUUCACUCGCGCUCAGGAUCUUUUCGAUUUCGUUGAUGCUGCCGAGAAAAAAGAGGGCAGCGAUUUCAAAAUUAGAGAAAUGUUUCGCCUGUUUGUGGAUCUUCAGCAAUGCCGUCACAUUUAUUUUGCAGGCUGUCACGACACCGGCUUCGGCUCCUUGCUGACUCCAUACAGGGGAAGUGACCGGAUUACCCUCAUCAAGGCGGCCAACUUCCACCGAGAGUUUGAGGACCUAAACCUACCAAUUAGAGAACUACCCUCUGUGUUCAUGUCUACACCCCUAACUCCCACAAAGCCAGCUGCAGCAGUCCAGCCGAUCAAUACCAAGGUCAAUAAUACAGUGAACGGUACUAAGCCGAUUUGCAAACAUUUCCAAAAGGGAAUAUGCAAAUUUGGUGUUGGUUGCAAUAAGCAACAUGUGAUGCCCAAUCAACAACUGGCUAAAUCAGCAGACUCGGAGGCUCCAUCGCCUAAGCAAUUGUGGUCUUCUCCAACAGUUGUAGGUCGCACGCUAGAGUUCCUCACUACCACUCUGCCGCCGCAAAGUCUCAAAUCCGCGGAAUUUAUCCCUAUCAAUAAAGAUGGCGACCGCCUGGACCCGUAUUGCCCUCACCCAUCCCCUGACGCCUUUGAUGAAUAUCAUCGCAGAGCCAAGGAACAUAGAGUGUGCAAUAGCUAUCACCUCUCCGGCGAAUGCGGUGAUAUGAGCUGUCAGUAUGACCACAGUGACGUCUCUAGUACCGUAAUCGAGGUGCUCAGAUAUAUCCUCCUCCAGCAUCCUUGCUCAAAGGCUGGAGCUUGUCGAUCCAUCAAGUGCUAUAUGGGUCACAUUUGCCAAAAGCCUAACUGCAAGGCCGUCAAAAGCUGGCAAUGCCGUUUUAACCACCGCACGCACACACUUGAUCUCCAUGUUUCUCAAUGGGUCACACCUGUUGAGCAAUCCGAAUCUGACGGAAUCAAUGGAGACCAUGAUCAUGAUGAACUUGACGAUCAUGACGACCAGUCAUCUAUCAGUGGCGAAUCAUUCCAAAGCCAAUCGCCGAGCAACAUGGUCUACGUACUGUAA